UCAAAAAUGAUGAGAAAUUCCACGGAUAUGGAGGUUAAGAACCAACCUGGAAAGAUUAGUGUCUCUAAAAGGUUCAUCUUCUCAGGAGCAAAGGCUAUUGAGUAUCCAGAUUACCCACACUACCAUGAUCUCUUACGGAAAAUGAACAUGCCCUUUGUGAAAGGACUUGAAGAUAGACAUGACUAUGGCAGAUUUGAAAAGAAAUGCAACCCUGCGUUUUUAAAGUUCCAUCCUUAUCCCCCUUCAGUCCUCCCAGACUGUCAUGUGCACUACCCUUAUCCCCCACCAUAUGGACAGGCAUAUCCAUUGUUUCCACUUCGUGAUGAUGUGCCCUUAGGUGAUCCCUGCUCAGGACUCAUGAGUGCUGGUGCUGAUGCUGAUUUAAAGCCUGGCAUUGGCAGAGUCAUACCAAACCUGGUGAGUUUCAGUGAUGUGAAACCUCAAAAUCGAGUUCCUAGGCCAGACAAAGGAUUUCAAACAACAAUAAAAAGGCAAACAAUACUAUCAGAAGAACUGCAACAGAGCAGGAGAUGGAGUUCCAGGAAAGUACCAGACAUUUCCAUCAGGGCAAAACUUGGAGGUUGGACAAGCCCAAUGAAAGUUACUCCUUUACCAGCUCAUGAUAACAAAAGAAGCUCAUUAAGUCUCAUACAUUCCUUUGAUGAGAAGACAAGUACAGAUAACAGUGAACCACUUGUCCAGCCAGACAAGAAAUAUAAUAUAAAGAAUGCAUUUUACAAAUCCUCAACACAGAAAGCGUUUGAAACUGUUCCUUGGGACAAAAUGAUACCACCAAAACUUGAUCCAGAGGAGACAACAGUGGAAAGGGCUGCUGACCUCAUCUCACAGUGUUUCACACUGAAAAGAUAUGAAAGAGUGCCCGCCAUAACCCAGAUGGUCGGAGGACUCUGGGACAGAUUCCAGACGAGAUUGUUCUCAGCGCCAGUCAAACCAAUCAGUUUUGUGAGUCCAAGUUCUAGGAGUAAAUACAUCCCUCUCUAUACUGGUCAUGUGCAGAGUACAAACGCUGAUGAUGUGGACAACCCCUGUGGAAAUAUCACAUCCGUGGCCAAGCCUCGGCACUCUAAACUUCUCUAUACAGACACAAGUUGUGCGGCGAAUAUUCCAGGAUACACCGGCAAGGUUCAUUUCACAGCCACCCACCCAACAAAUUCUAAUAUUCCAUCAACAACCCCAUCACCAGAUUCAGAGAUGAGUCGCAUUUUACGACAACAAAUGGAAAUUGACUGCUUCCGUCACCAGGCCCCAAUGUCUCGAAUGGUCACAACUGUGAAGCCUUACAACCCCUUCAGGAUUGGGAAAAAAACCCUUGAGUACUGAAGGAGACCACACCCCUGAGAGACUUCUGAGCCCCAGCUGGGGGGAAGGCUUUGUGCACAGUGAUGGAGAAACAAGAGAACACAGAAUGGUGUAACCUCUAACCGUGUCUGUCUGAAUGAAUUGGGGUACCAGACAGGCAGCAUGUCCAGGCCUGAGCUCAGGCACUCUCUUCCCCCUGGUGGCGGUGACUCAGUCUGCUGUAAACCAGGACUGGCAGUUGGGACACAGAGAACCCCCACAGAGAACUCCUCUUCAGUGUUGGAAUACUGGGCCCUCCCUAGAGGGUCAUGAGUUUGAGGAUUAGAGAUGAUCCUCACAUUUAAAAAUUGAGCAGUGACAACAGACAAUGGCAUUCUUUUUGUCACCUAGGGGACAAUACAACAUGGGCGUUGGGAGGGGGGGAGGGGGUCACCAUCUAGAGACAAAUAGGCAAAACACUCUCUUUCCUACUCUAGGAUUUCUGCUCUGGAGAAGGAAGCAUUCCCGGGCUCACUGGGAGUCCUCAGGCAGGCACGGCCUACCAUACACAUCUUCAGAUUAGUGUGGCCUGACCGUGCUUACCCAUGGAGAACAGGAGCAGCAGACUUGCCCCAGAGUCUCCCCAGUACAGUUCUAUUCAUAGGUUCAGGAAGCAUGCUAGUUUGUAUACAUCUGUGCAGGCCUGUAAGAGUUAUUAAAGUACUUUCCCAACCCUCGCUCAUUUGAUCUUGCCACCCCAUAACACAUUCUUGCAGCAAACGUUACACACAUAGCUUGCUGUUUUAUACAUAAAACACAGAAAAGCUAAGAGUAAGGUGCUUAUCUGGAACUCAGAUUAUCUGGCUUUAGAUAACUUUCCUUAACUCUGACCCAUUUCUAUGCAGAUUGGGUAACUUUCCAUGAAUUGUUUACAAACAAAAACACCUAGAAAAAGAGGGAAAACUCCAGUUGCUUCUAGUUUUCUGAAGUGCUUCCCAGGGGUUCUGUAUGGCGUCUUACUCUCCUUCAAAACCCAGAAGAGGGGAAUUGACCCCAGAACUCCAAAUAAAUGUGGAGACCAGGCUGGCCUCGAACUCACAGAGAUCCACCUGGCUCUGCCUCCCGAGUGCUGGGAUUAAAGGCGUGCGCCACCACCGCCCGGCUUUAGUUUCCUUUUUUAUUGCUGUGAUUAAAACACUAUGACCAAAAGCAACUUGGGCUUGUUUCAUCUUAUAUUUUCCAGUCCAUCAUGAGGAACGUCAGGGCAGGAACUUAAGGCAGGAACUAAAACAGAGUCCACGGGGGAAUGCUGCUUACAGGCUUGCUCCUCCUGGCUUUCUCAAGUUUGCUUUCUUGUAGACCUCAGGACAACAUGCCAGAGAUGGCACCACCCACAGUGGGCUGAGCCCUUCAAUGUCAAACAUCAAUGAGAAAAUCUUCACAGGCUUGCCCCUGGGCUCAUCUGAUGGAGUCAAUUCUUCAGCUGAAGCCGCCUAUUCCACGAUGACUCCAGCUCGGAUCAAGUGACAAACUAACCGUCACCAGGCCUGACACAUCUCCUGAUGCACCAAGGUGUGAGCAAGGAGCCUUGUCCUCUCCCCUCCCCACGCUCCUGCCGUGAUGGACCGCAUCCCCCAAAAAGCAAAACAAUCCUUUCUUCUUUAAGUUGCUUCUUAGGUAUUUCAUCACAACAAUGAGAAAAGUGACUCUCGGGAACAACAUCAGACCGAAAUAAAAACCUUCAGUUCUGGAAGAUUCUUAGUGGAGUGGAAUUAGCUCAUCCAGCAAGUAGAUGGAUGUGAUACCUGAGGUUCAGUUUUCAGCAAAUAUUUCAGUUGAGUGUUACUGCUCAACCCUGAGGCACCUGCUCAUCCUUCUGGGCCUUUUGGUAGCAGGACACAGUUACAGCUAUUGUGACUUUUGUUUUGUUUUGUUUUUUGAUUUACUUACUAUUUAUUUAUUUGUGUUUGUUGUGGUGAUAUAUUGUGUAUCCCAAAAAAAGCUUGUCUGAGGGUCAGAGGACAGAGCCUGCCACUAGAUUAGACAUAGAGGUCAGACAGUGGUGGCACACACCCUUAAUCCUGUACUUGGGAGGCAGAGAUCCGUCUGAAUCUUGAGCACUGGUCAUUAAUAUCCAUCAAUAUCAAUGGUCUCAACUCACCUAUUGUGAUGUUUUGUAGUCUGAAACACUCCCAUUCUCUACAAUGCAGCUAUUAGAGCACUCAUCAGAGCUCUUGUGCUCUUUCAAAGCUGGCUCUGUUUUGCAGCAUUCCCGUGGCCUUACUUAGAAGAGACACGCUGACACUCUAUUAGGUGUAUAACCCAACAAGGCUUCUCAUCUGUGAAGACACAAGGUGAAUCCUGCUCACCACAGACCUAAAAUUCAGGCCAGGAAUAAUCACAGAGAACAGAGCCAUAACAGUGUUCCUGGGCUGGGAACAUGAGCUAUAGUAAUGUCUGUGUUGUUAGCAGUCUGGUCAAAGAUGAAUGUCACAGGCAUAUGCAUGCAUCUGCUCUUCAAAUUCUGCAGCCUAGAUUGGAUUAUACAGAUUACAUCAGGGUCUAGCACAUAGGCACAUUUUCCUUUCAUUCAGUGCCCCAUACAAUGUCACUCAAAUUUUAUAUCUGUGAGACAUAUAAAAGAGAACAACAUAUAGAAAAGAACCUCUAUUUUUUUUUUUUUUUUUGGUUUUUUUAGAGACAGGGUUUCCCUGUGUAGCUUUGCGCCUUUCCUGGAACUCACUUGGUAGCCCAGGCUGGCCUCACAGAGAUCCGCCUGGCUCUGCCUCCCAGUGCUGGGAUUAAAGGUGUGCGCCACCACCGCCCGGCUGAACCUCUGCUAUUUAAUUCACAGUUAUAAACUGUGGCAUGCAUGUCCAGUGUGGAAGUACACCCCUACAAUUCCACCUACUCCAGAGGCUAAGGCAGGAGGAUUUCUAGUUCACGGCUAGCCUGGACAAUUUAGCUUAUCUCAAAAUGUUUUGUUUUUAGCGGCCCAGAAAUAUCAGCUCAGUGGUAGAGCACAUGUCUAACUGCCCAGCUUAUUCAAGGCCCUGAUUCACCUGGGAUAAAAAAAAAUGCAUGUUAAUAUUACUCCAGCCAGUUAUGGAAGUUCACAAUAUGAAAAAGGUGAGCCUCAUAACGUCAGAAAUGGACAAAUGAAAUCAUUGUAUACUCAUGGGUGCAAUAUAAAUUUUGUUUAACAUAUAUUAUGACAAAUAUGUAGAAACAGAAAGACAGUAGGUUUUCCUGUAGGGUAAUUGGCUAGGUUUACAGUACCAGACAUGAAUUCCUUCCUUUUGCACAGUCUUUAAGUCCAGUUAGAAGGCUACUGGUUGUCCCUAAUAGGUGUCAUUACUGCAUUCUUGGGGUCAUCUUUUCAUGCUGGUCAUUGUUGAGAGCCAUAGGCUUUAUGGAUGAGUAGACUAUUGGUUGCUUUUGUUCUAGUGGUGAUGUAGCCCCCAUGGCUCAGAUGGGAGACUGUUAGACUGAAGAACUGAGUAACAGGAAAGCAUUGGUCCUUCCUGAAGAAUUGGUUUUGAGAGGUAGUGCUAGGCAGAGAGAAGAGGGCUAAAAGGGACCAUUUGCAGCCAGCUGCUUCUCAGGCACCAUUUGGGACACAUGCUUAUCAAGGCCACCUUCCUCUGGUAAAAAUGACAUUUACAUCAUUGAUAUCCUUUUCACCCCUGACAGCAGGUGCCUCCCAUAUCUGGAGACUUCUCUGAGACAUAUGAUUACCAGUGCAGUGGCAUCUCCUGACACAAACUCCAUGGUCCCUUAGUCAGUAAUCCACUUGACAAAUGGCUUUGGCAAUAACUGAUAAUACCCUUUGGUGGAGACAGAAGGGGUAUCUCUUGCUCAGAGGAGGAGACAAGAAGAAAAGUGAGGAGACAAGGAGAAAAGUCCUGCUUUACAUUCUCAAGACACACCUAAAAACAUCUUUAAAAGACUUGAGGAAUGACUGUCCCCUUAAUGAGAUGUAUAAUUAUAUGGCCCCCAAAGGCCCUCCCUAUAUGCAAUUGUUUACACAACCUCACUGCUAAGCUCACCCACUUUCUGAGUUCUAACUUAGGAAGCAUUUUUUUCUUUUCUUCAUUUAAUCUCUAUUUAUUUAGACUUUGGCCAGAAUCCGAAGACGCCUCACCCUGACACUCCUCUCUCUCUCUCUCUCUCUCUCUCUCUCUCUCUCUCUCUCUCUCUC